AUGGAAACCAUUACCAAGAAGGUGAUGUGGCGAGAGCAGGAGGAGGAGGCGUCCAAGAUGGCUCAAAGCAUGCAACUGUCCUCCCAGAUCAAGAAGAAGACCUUCACCUCCAGUGAUGAGGAACCCUCGUACUGUGAUUACUAUCCCAUCAUCCCUGCUGACCUGAUGUCCGUCAAGGAGAUUCUGAACAUUGACAACACAAUCCGCCACAGGACAUGGGAAAUCAUGGACACUUUGGAUGAUGAGGAAGAGUAUUGCAGAGAUAAAUGGACCAUGUUUGGGAACGAGGCUGAGAGCGUGGAGAUAGACGUAAUCAGGAACCAGCACGUGUUGCGGACUCGCGCUGAUAAAAUGACCCUUCGCAGACAGGCAGAAAAGAAGGCAUCUAUGCACAAGAGGUACCUGGAGCUUCUGAGUCGGAAGGCCCCAGACUUUCCGAUCCCUCUGAGGGCUCACACUGUCUGGGAGGGCAUGACGGUCAAACUCUCCUGCACCGUCCAGGGCUGUCCACCCCCGAAGGUCACAUGGUAUAAAGACGGCCUGCCACUGCGAAUGUCCGACAAACCAUGGACCUACUGCCUUAAACAAAGUUUUGGUCUUAACUCACUGGAGAUCAGAAGGUGCUCUCCUGAUGAUGCUGGUGAAUACAAAGUGAUAGCCAAGAGUUCCCUGGGCGAAGCUAUGACCUUUGGGACGCUGGUGGUGAACUCAUAUCAAGGAGCCGUGGCUGGUUCAGAGCUCUCACAGACCCCCGAGUUGCAGCUUGAGCCAGACGCACAGUUUGGCGCCGUCUUCCAUCCAACGUGGGUGAAGGAGGGUGACAGCCUCACCUUACAGUGCACCUUCACCUCAGCUCUGCUGGCCUUCCAGCAGGAUGUCGCCUGGUUCAGAGAUGGCAUCCAGCUGCGUCAGUCCAGCAUUGUGGACAUAAAGACGACCAACAACAUAGCAUCCAUGACUUUAAGGACUGUACACAAAGAGUAUGAAGGCAUUUACACUGCCCGAUUGAAGACCUGGGAUGGGACCCAGGAACACAGUGCCUUCGUCUAUGUCAAAGAUGGGUCAGCUGCAGUGGUCGGAGGUCCUGCCUCUCCUCUAGCAGUCAAGGUUUCUGACGUUAACAAGGACUAUGUCUUCCUUACAUGGCAGCCGCCUAGUGCUGAUGGAACCUCACGUGUGGAGGGUUAUUAUGUGGAGAGAUUUGACCUCGGUCAGGGCCAGUGGGUGCGCUGCAAUGAACAUAUUCAGAAAAUGUGCUACUACCCGGUGUUUGGGCUCAACGAAGGAACCUUGUACCAGUUCAGGGUCCGGGCUGUCAAUCAAGCUGGUGCAGGACGCCCCUCUAAGGCAACUGAUCCUAUUUUGACUGCAGAUCCCCUGGAACACACCAGAAGCAUGGUGGUCAAAAUAGACAGAGGAAGGACGAUCACCAUUACAAAAGAUGAACUGGAAGGUCAGAUCAAAGUUCCCUUCCCUCCCACAAACGUCCAUGCCUGUGAGGUGAGCGACACCUACGUGGUGCUGAGCUGGACCGAGCCUGAACCCAGAGGCAGGGAGCUGCUCACCUUCUACGUGGAGCGGUCCCUGGCAGGGAAGAACAGCUGGGUACUGGCCAGUCUGGACAUGGUGGUAAACUCUCCAAGGUUCCCAGUGUUUGACCUGGUGAAGGGCAAACAGUACUGCUUCAGAGUGCGCUCCGUCAACAAGUAUGGUGUCAGUGAACCCUCUGAGCCGAGCGAGUUGAUCUCCUUGGGAACUCCACAAGGUGCUCCAGCUCCGCCUGACUCUGUCAUGGCCGUCAGAGACACAGACACCUCGGUGCUGCUUCAGUGGCGGGAGCCCAAAGACAAAAACGACAUCCUGGGAUAUUACCUUUACUACAGUGAAGUCGGCAAACAAACCUGGGAGACUGUUAACAACAAACCCAUCACUAAAAACAGGUUCACGGUCCAUGGUCUGAAGACUAAAAAGGAAUAUGUGUUUAGGGUGAAGUCUGUGAGUCGGGCAGGAAACAGCGUCUACUCAGAUGAGUCUCAGCCAAUCCUGGUCAAAUCAGCCAUUCAUGUUCCUUCUGCUCCCUCUGCCAUCGCCCUGUUGCUGUGCACUGGAUCAGAAAUGGUGUUGGGCUGGAGGGCACCCGCCUCUAACGGGGGAGCCCCUGUGCAUGGAUACUACCUGGACCAGAGGGAGAGGGGCAUGGAUACGUGGAGAGAAGUCAACAGCAAGCUUGUCAAAGAGAGGCAGAUUAAGGUUUCCAACCUGACUAGUGGGCAUUCCUACAGAUUCAGAGUGUUUGCUGCCAAUGUGAUUGGCAUCGGGGAGCCCUCUGAGCCCAGUGAAGCUUUCCUGUGUGAGAAGUGGACAAUGCCAGAACCAGGUUGUCCUUAUGACCUGGAGUUCAGGGAGGUGAGAGACAACUCUGUGGUGCUGUUAUGGGCGGCUCCGUUGUAUGAAGGACAGGGUCCUGUCACUGGCUAUUUGCUAGAAAUCAGCAAAGGCGACCAAUCAGAUGAAUGGACUGCUGUGAAUGAGAAGCCAAUCACCGACAUGUAUUACAAGGUUUCAGGUCUUCAGGCAGGUCAAACCUACCGUCUGCGUGUGUCGGCUGUCAAUGAGGCUGGAGUGGGAAGUGCCUCCCUGCCUUCUGAGCCGGUCACAGCUCAGACAAGUCCAGGCACCAAGAACGUUGAAAUUGGUGUGGACAAUGAUGGCUUCAUAUAUUUGGCCUAUGAGUCUAAUGAGAUGAAUGAUGACAGCAAAUUCCUCUGGAGGAAAAACUACGCAGAGGCCAUUGAAGCUGGAAGAGCCAAGGAAAAGACCACAAAGAAUAGGUCAGUCCUCACAUUCACCGACCCCACUGAGGAAGAUCUGGGUCUCUACACAGUGGAGAUGAGCGACAACCCGAACCUAUCAUCCAGCUAUGAUUUCACUGCCGAAGACCUUGAACGACUCAAAGAACUCAGCUGGCACAUCAGAAAUCCACUGAUCGCACUGAAGUCAGCCUGGCAGGUGGAUGUUUCUGAGACAGGCAACGUGCGACUUUGGCUUCAGACAGAGAGUCUGAGUAAUGCUGCUGAGCUCCGUCUCAUCUUCAAUGACCGAGAAAUUUCCAGCACUCCCCAUCGUAAGAUCAACUUUGACAAGGCUAAAGGUCUGCUGGAGAUACUGUUUGAUCAGCUCGCUCCAGAAGAUGAGGGAUCGUACACGGCUCAGUUGAGGGACGGCCGUGCCAAGAACCAGUUUACUUUGGUCUUCGUGGAUCAAAAGUUCCGUCAGACGUUGGCGCUGGCCGACGCAAACCGACGUGACUUUAAGAGAAAGUCUGGACCUUAUUUCCAGGAAUUCCUGUCGUGGAGUAUAAACCAGGAUUGCGAGCUGAUUAUAAAGUGCCAGGUGACGAAUAUGAACAAGGACACAUCUCUGAAGUGGUUUAAGGACGGCAAGGAGGUGACCGAUGUUGUGUAUGAGCAGUCAACAGGGGCCUGCACACUCACCAUCCAACAGGUUACAAAGAAAGAAGCAGGCUCCUACAGAGCUGUGGUGUCAGAUGGGAGAGGAGAGGACGUCAGCACCUUAGAGUUGGUGGAUGAAGAGUAUGACAAGCUUCUCCAGCAGCUGAGUAAACAGUGUGCAUUGUCAGCUGGCUCACUGAGGAUUCAGAGCACUGCUGAAGGUUUCAAGCUCUACUGCUCACUCAAAUACUAUAUAAGCUACCUGAAGACCAUCUGGCACUUCAAGGAGAAGAGGAUUGACCAGGAAGACAGGACAAAGACUGGCAACAGUAUGCAAAAAGUCUGGAUAGAAAUCUUUAACCCCACAGAGAAUGACAAAGGUCUAUACACCCUGGAGAUGUUUGAUGGCAAAGAGACACACAAACGUGUUCUGGACUUGACUGGACAAGCCUUUGCUGAUGCUUUGCUGGAGUACCAGAGGUUGAAGCAAGCGGCCAUUGCUGAGAAAAACCGGGCCAAAGUGACAAAGGGUCUCCCUGAUGUGGUAGCCAUCAUGGAGGGAAAGUCUCUGUGCCUGACAUGCUUCAUCGGAGGCGAACCAGCCCCAGAGGUCUUCUGGCUUCGAAACGACAGAGAGAUCGUUAGCCAGGAUCAGUUCGUCAUCACUAAGGAGCCCAAGUGCAGCACCAUUACUGUCAACAAUGUCAAAACAGAAGAUUCUGGAAAUUACAGCGUUUUUGUCCGCAACCAGUUUGGUUCUGAGACGGUCAAUGUGACCGUGAGCGUGUACAAGCAUGGGGAUAAGCCCCCCGCAAACGCUGUAGAGAUGGGUUAAGAUAGCCGACUGAUUAUGAAAUGAAUUUUCUGCAAGGAUUUUAUGCUUUAGUUUGAGGUUUCAUCAAGCAGAGAUGCAAUACAUUAAUAGAUACAUAGAUACAUAGAUACAUAGAUACAUAGAGGGUCAAAAAUGACAGUCUGAAAGUGUCCGCCUAAAUUAAAUGCUUUACUGAACAAUGUCCCAGAAAUAUGUAAACUGGAUCUUAAAAUGUAUUAAUUUCCAGAGAUCAAGUUUGGUUCAUUGAGGCAAAAACUGCACAUAGUGAAGUGAAUGAAUAUGUGUUGACAGAGAAGUGGAAUUUUGACUUUUAUUUCACUGUUUCACAGAAAACACUGUGCUAAUACAAAACUGUGAAAAAAAACCAACAAAAAAACACAAAAAUUGGAAACACUAGCUGACUUACUGGAAGUCAACACAUUUUAACACCCCGGUGAAGGCUCUGUGCUGAAGGGUGUUUAUUAAAAAUAAGGAAGACUUCCAAUAAGUCAGCCAAUGUUGACAAAAUGUUAUUUUUAAAUCUGGUUAUUUGUUACUUAUGCAUCUAAACGGCUCAGGAAAUCGCCGCCACACACCUCUUGUAUAACACAACUGCCAAACCCACAGCUACUAGACUGCAGAGCUUUUGGCGAAUCAGAUGUGUUAUUUGUUUGUUUGUGUAGUGAUUAAAGUCAUUUCUCUUCUCAAAGUGGCCCUCACUGGUUAAUUAUUUACUACUAGUACUAAAUCCAGCACAUAUUGUAUCUUUACUUUUUCAUUCAGUAAAUCCAGAUUAUGACAAUCUAUUUCUUUUAUAAACUUUGUCUUUGUUGAAUCAUUUUUGUGGAUGAUUUUGCAAGCAGAGAUUAUGUCACGCACUUUAAGAGC